AUGGCCUCGCCGACUCCAGAAGCGACCGGCCAUCUGCCCACUGUUCAUGAAUAUGGCCAACGCGCACUAGGCGACCACCCAGCGGCUGGACCUUCAGCUGCGGCCGCGUCGCAGCCCUCGCCCGUCUCGCCGCAGACGACAGAGGCAACGCCCGUCGCUCGUCACGCUGAGCCCGUCAGCCCCGAGCAGCAGCCCGGACAAGCUGUGCAGCCAGAAUCGCAUCGCGAUGCGGCCGUCGCCGCCGACCCGCAGCAGCAGCAGCCAAACCACGUCCACGCCGAGGAAAAGACCAGCCACCUCUGGGCGUGGAAGCGCCGCCACAUGCUUCUCGUCCUCGUCGCCUUUAUCCUCUCCAUCAUCGGCCUGGGCUUCUCUGCGCACGCCGCCGCCUCGGGCUCCUUUGACCUGUCGAGCGAGGCGUCGAUCCUGGCCAUUCCCAUCCCCAUCUACAUUCUGACCAUAGUCUUUGCGAUUGCCGAGACGGCGGUCCGCGCGUCGCUCAAGUUCAAAAAGGGCCUCCAUCCGUCGGUGCACGUGGGCGUCUGGCUCAUCUGCUGGCUCAUCUACGCGGGGCUCGUCGCGGCCUUUGCGAUUGUCGUCAACUGGGUGCUCUCCGACUACGCGUACCUGGACGACGAGGACGGCGAGCGGUCGUUUUACCACGGGCAGUUUGUCGCGCAGUUUGUCUUCAUCUGCCUACUGUUCCUGGUUACGUUUAUUCUGUUUAUCAUCGCGUGCAUCGAUACCCAGGCGUACAAUGUCGCCAAGGCCACGAUGCCCGCCGCCGACGCCACGGGCAAGUUCGACCCGAACCACCACGAGGACCGCUCGUGGCGCGUCACCAAGCUCGUCUUCAACGUGCUGGUCAUUCUCUUUGGCAUCAUCGGCUUCGCGAUUGGCCUGUCGAUGGUGCGCUUCCACGACGCGUACUCGCUGAGCGGCGUCGUCUUUCCCGCGUGCGCGUGCGCGAUGCUGAUUGCCGUCGUCUGGGCGAUUGCGGACCUGUGCUUCUCGCUGACGGGCCCCCGACGCAGCCUGCUACAAGGUAUUAACCCGGGCGCGCACGUUGGCAUGUGGCUCGUCACGUGGAUCAUCCUGGCGAUUGUGGGCGGCAUCCUGACGACGUAUGCGGUUCUCAAUGUGGCACAGUGCCGGGACUGGAGGGACCGCAACGAGCGGAGGUCUACCGUGGCGGUGGACGCGUAUGCGCUCGGGCUCGAUGUGCCUGUUGUGAACGCGGCCAUCGUCCCGAACCAUGUUCGUCAGGUGAAUGGUGUCACGUCGCUCACUGUGCUGGCGACGCCGACGAUGAACUCACCAAGUGGUCUCCCCACGCUGCGGCCGACGACCACGAGCAUCCGCGGCAGCCUCCCCACCACGACGUCGUCUCCCUUUGGCAGCGACCCGUACGAUCCGUACGACCCGUACGGCGACGACCCCGACGAGGAGGAUCCGUACUACACCUAUCCGUACCGCACCUCUUCCUCCUACUCCUUCACCUACACCCGCAGCAGCAGCUCCUACGGCAGCCGGCCCACCGACAGCCUCAACGACCCCUACGACGACGACCCCUACAGCAACCGCCCCCACACCAGCAGCUACUACGACGAUCCCUACGACGAGGACGACGACCUGGACGGGUUCUGCUCGCGGACGGGUGCAACCGGGCCCAUGGUGGCCACGUGCGUCUUCAUGUGGAUCGUCUUUGUCUUUGCCUUUGUGCUGUUUGUCGCGGCGUGUGCGGACACGUAUCUGCGGAACCACCUGCGGAACCCGUGGGCGGUUGUGUAUGUGCCGGUCCCGGCAAUGGGGCAGCAGCAGCAGCAGUAUCAGUAUCCGCAGCAGCCGAUUUACUCGAACGGGCCAAUGAUGCAGCAGGGCGCGGGGCAGCCGAUGAUACAGCAUCAGGGACAGACUGUGCAGCAGCAGCAGCAGCAGCCGGUGCAGCCUGCGCAAGGGAAUGUGGUUGAGUACUAUGGUACCGCCCAGUAA